GCAGCUCUGUCCGGCCAGCGGCAGAGGGGAUGUCCUACUAACUUCCACCAACAACAAAAAAAACAAAAACUUUCUAGAAACUUGCAGUCCAACAGAAAAAAAAUACACUGACUGACUGACAAAGUGUCGCAACUCGCCUCACUCCUGCGUUAAUGAAACUUUUAGAAGUGUUUUUAUUCUUUUGAAGUAAAACAGAGGCUGCACGUCCACUUUGAUAACUGUUGAAUGAGCCGCAAUUGCGUAGUAUCCUUCCUGAUUUUUGGUCUUGAUUUGAAUUUGACGGUGAGGUAAAGGUGUUUCUUCAUCACUGAAAGACUCGUGAUGGCUGUCCUAUCACUAGCGUUACUACUCCUAGGAUUUGUAUUGACUUCAGCUGACAAGGCUGGUGAAGUAGAUAGCGAGGACCAGCUGAGAAGCCGUCUGAAGGAAUACGGCCUGGUCACUCCCUUCAGCACAGACUCUCAUGGACACUACCUGUCACACCUGCUCUCUGCCAAGCACAAGCAGCGUGUCAAGAGGGAGGUGCUUUCUUCUGGUGAAGUUGAACAAAAACUUUUCUUCAACAUCUCCGCCUUCGGGAAGGAGUUCCACCUACGUCUGCGUCCCAACAACAGACUGGUGGCGCCCGGCGCGAUGGUGGAGUGGCACGACGAGAUCCAAGGCUUUGGGAACGUCAGCGCCGGUGACGAUGCCAGUACGGGCGCCAACCAGACCGAAGCCACCAGCAGGGCGGAGAGGAUACUGCAACGUGAGCUGCUUAAAACAGACUGCACCUUCAUCGGUGACAUCACAGACGUUCCCGGGGCCUCGGUUGCCAUUAACAACUGUGACGGACUGGCUGGGAUGAUCCGCACCGACUCAGACGAGUACUUCAUUGAGCCGCUGGAGAGGGGGACUCAGGAGCUGGAGGACCAGGGACGGGUCCACGUGGUGUACCGCAGGUCGGCUCUGGUGCAGGCUCCCUCUGACAUCUCUGUGGACUACCAGCUAAAAGAGCUGGAUGUACCCGGGACCCUGGACUCUGUAGCCCGGCAGGUCAAUGAGACAGUCCUCCGCCGUCGUCGCAGAGAUGCUGGGGAGAACGACUACAAUAUUGAAAUCCUGCUGGGAGUUGAUGACUCAGUGGUUCGAUUUCACGGCAAAGAGCAUGUGCAGAAUUACCUCCUCACUCUUAUGAAUAUCGUGAAUGAGAUUUACCACGACGAGUCCCUGGAAGUCCACAUCAACGUGGUCCUGGUGAGGAUGAUCAUGCUGGGAUAUGCCAAGUCCAUCAGCCUCAUUGAAAGAGGCAACCCAUCAAGGAGCCUAGAGAAUGUGUGCCGCUGGGCAUUUGUGCAGCAGAAAGGCGACCCUGAUCACGCUGAGCACCACGACCACGCAAUAUUCCUCACUCGCCAAGGCUUCGGCCCCACGGGGAUGCAGGGUUAUGCUCCGGUCACAGGAAUGUGCCACCCAGUCCGAAGCUGCUCCCUCAACCAUGAAGACGGCUUCUCCUCAGCCUUCGUUGUGGCUCACGAGACCGGACAUGUGUUGGGUAUGGAGCACGACGGCCAAGGCAACCGCUGUGGGGACGAAACAGCGAUGGGAAGCGUGAUGGCUCCUCUGGUGCAGGCGGCCUUCCAUCGAUACCAUUGGUCCAUGUGCAGCGGACAGGAGCUGAAGAGAUAUAUCCACACGUACGACUGUCUCUUGGACGACCCCUUCAAACAUGAUUGGCCGCAGCUUCCUGAACUUCCUGGAAUCAACUACUCAAUGGAUGAGCAGUGUCGAUUUGACUUUGGAGUGGGCUAUAAGAUCUGCACUUCAUUUCGUACAUUUGACCCAUGUAAACAGCUAUGGUGCAGUCACCCGGACAACCCUUACUUCUGCAAAACAAAAAAAGGGCCGCCUCUCGAUGGGACGGAAUGUGCUCCCGGAAAAUGGUGCUACAAAGGUCACUGCAUGUGGAAAAACCCAAAUCAGGUCAAACAAGAUGGUGCCUGGGGCUCCUGGAGCAAAUAUGGCUCAUGCUCACGCUCCUGUGGAACUGGAGUUCGCUAUCGGACACGUCAGUGCAACAACCCAGCGCCUUCGAACGGUGGCCAGGACUGCCCUGGAGUGAACUACGAGUAUCAGCUGUGCAACACUGACGACUGCCCCAAGCACUUUGAAGAUUUCCGAGCCCAGCAGUGCCAGCUCCGCAACUCCCACUUUGAAUUCCAAAGUGCCAAACACCAUUGGCUGCCCUACGAGCAUCCCGACACAAACAAGAGAUGCCACUUGUACUGCCAGUCAAAGGAGACAGGGGACGUGGCGUACAUGAAGCAGCUGGUGCAUGAUGGGACACGAUGCUCCUACAAAGAUGCCUACAGUGUCUGCGUGCGUGGAGAAUGUGUGAAAGUUGGCUGCGACAGAGAGAUUGGCUCCAACAAAGUUGAGGACAAAUGUGGCGUCUGUGGUGGGGACAACUCCCACUGCCGCACCGUUAAAGGAACAUUCACCCGAACUCCAAAGAAACCUGGUUACCUUAAGAUGUUUCUCAUUCCUCCUGGAGCUAGACAUGUCAUCAUCCAAGAACAUGAGGCCUCCCCUCAAAUUCUUGCAAUCAAGAACCAGGCAACAGGGCAUUACAUCCUCAAUGGGAAAGGAGAGGAAGUCCAGUCUAGAAGCUUUAUCGACUUGGGCGCAGAGUGGCACUACAUCAUCGAGGACGACGUGGAGACGCUACACACUGACGGACCUCUGCAUGACCCUGUGGUGGUUCUGAUUAUACCCAAAGACAAUGAAACACGAUCUACUUUGAUGUACAAGUACAUCAUCCAUGAAGAUUCAGUGCCUGUCAACAACAACAAUGUGAUCCAGGAGGACACAUAUGAGUGGGCUCUGAAGAGCUGGUCUCCAUGUUCUAAGCCUUGUGCCGGAGGGUUUCAGUACACCAAGUAUGGAUGUAGAAAGAAAGGAGACACUAAGAUGGUCCAUCGAGGCUACUGCGACGCCAGCAAGAAGCCAAAGCCUAUCCGCAGAAUGUGUAACCUUCAGGAUUGCACACAGCCUCAAUGGAUCUCAGAGGAAUGGGAGCAUUGUACCAAAACCUGCGGCAGCCUGGGCUUUCAGAUCCGAACCGUUCGCUGCGUGCAGUUAUUCCACGAGGGCACAAACCGCUCCGUUCACAGCAAGUACUGCAGCGGGGAGAAGCCAGAGAAUCGGAGGCCCUGUAACAGAGUCCCAUGUCCUGCCCAGUGGAGGACCGGAGCGUGGUCAGAGUGCUCUGUGACCUGUGGGGAGGGGAUGGAGAGGCGUCUGGUCACUUGCCGAAUUGGAGAUCAGUGUAACGGAGAAAAACCUGAGACCAUGAGACCAUGCAGACCGGGACCCUGCCAUGAUGAGCCAUGUAAUGGAGACAAAUCCAUCUUCUGCCAAAUGGAGGUCCUAGCGCGAUACUGCUCUAUUCCGGGCUACAACAAACUAUGCUGCGACUCCUGCAGCAAGCGCAGUGGAGCUUUGUCUCUUUUCUCCGAAGCAACUGAGAUGGAGGAGCAUGUCCGCUUCGGAUCCGCCUCCCAGCUGUUAGAGACAUUAACAGCCUCAGCCGUAGUCAACAGCACUCGCACUGGUAAACACGGCUCAGGCAAAGGAUCCACCACAUUAGUCAAAGCUGCAAAGCAUGUCACAACCGCUCCCCCACUUAAGAAAACCCUGUCGAAGAUCAACACUGCACCACGGCGGGUCCGACGACACAUGGGUCUCCCUUAUAGUAAGCUGCCCGCUAUCAGCACAUCUCCUCCAGGAAGUCCCACAGAUGGUCAAAGGUCAAGCAGCUUGAAAGAUAGUAGGUGGCCUACUGCGUAUUCUAAAGUGGAAAGAUGAAAGUGAUGCCCUUCCCCUUCAGAACUCUUAAUGUACAGCAGAUAAUCCAGCUUCAUCUUGAGUCUUCUCACGCCAUAAAACACCAGCAAGAGACAAACAAGGAGGGAGAGAAAGAAAAGUGCUGGUUCACUUUUUUGUUAAGAAUUUUCAAUCCCUUACAGGGAGCUCCCAGAGUAUAUUAUUACUUAAACAGCCAUGUGACUUUGCUUUCAUACAUUUCUUUGAGAGGAGAAAACAACACAAUAAUUUUAAUGUAAAGGGGGCCCAUGGUCCAAAGGGAAUUUUCAUCUGUGUCAAAUGAAAAGCUUAAAGAAACACAGCACUGGUAGUUCAUUAUGAAACAUUUUAAAAAAUAGCCGAAGGACAGAUUAAUAUUCAAAAAAUGUAUUUAAUAUACAACACUGGCUCUUAACUUUUAACAGUAGAUAUUACAAAGAAAUGGUUGCUUAAUUCCAACCCAACCUUUUAAAGGGAACAUUUUUAGAUUAAUUUACCUUAAGUGAACACCUUUGGAGUCAUUGGAAUGGUUAUAUGACUUUUUUCCAAGUCGAAUGCUGAUUGUCCUGCUCGCAGGAAGUAUGGCGUGAUAUCAGGUCUUGCAAUGUUACGAAUUUCUUCAAGGCACUGCACACAUAUGCCCAUUCAGGGAACCGGCAAACAAGGUAGCAAGGGACUUUUUCACACUAUUGUCAUGGCUGAGCCGGCAAAAAAGAAGCAGAAACUAGGAAAGCAUUGUCAAAGGAACAGAGAAAGAGGAAACGUCAGACUGACCAAGCGAGGAGUCAGACCCAAGUAAACAUUGGAGCUGCCAAAUAUCUAUUCUGAAGCUGUAGGGGGAGCUUUAUAGAGAAACCUGCGAGAAAACCGCAAAGAAAUGGCCAAAACUGCAUAGCGCCCCUUUUACCCAACAACUCUUGAAGCUUCCUUUGAUGUCAGUAUACGUAUGCAUGUCUAUUAAAACACUUCUAUGUCAAAUAUGUAGACUGAAUGGGGGAUUUAAUAUUUCCAUACAUUUGAAGUUGAAGAUGAUGGAGAAGUUAGGACAAUUUAAAAUGGAUCAUAUGAUGCAGCUGAAAAUUCCCUUUUUACUUGAAUGUUACAGACUGCCAUUAUCUUGCCAAAAAAUGUAAGUGUGAAGCUUGACUAGUAGAGAAUUCAGUUGUCCCAGUACUUGAGGAGUCACUGCAUGUACUAUAUCGAACACCAGAUUUAAUUUGACCACAUAUGGAAAGUGGCCAAACCAGUAAAAACCAUUAGAAAAAAAAUUGUUGGAAUUGUAUAGAUUUUUUUUUUUAAAUAUCCAGUAAUGUCUGUUAAAUGGCGUUCUACAAUUUCUAUGGAAAUGGAUAUUUAUAAAGGUUCCUGUAAAUACUGUACAUGAAAACGUCAGUAUUAUUUUAAGAAGCUGAGGAUGCCAUUUUAAUCAACUAUAAUACCAUAUAUGUGUCUCCUAAUGUUUACAUUUUCAGCACAAUGUGUUACAUGGACAUAAACAACUCAAUGACUCUUAAUGCUGUUGCAAAUUUCCUGAAGGAAUGUUUUAAAAGAAUAGUUCAACAUUUUCAGAAAUACCCUUGUUUGCUUGCUUGCUUUCUCAUAGUUAAAUAUGAAGAUUCAUACCAGUUUAAUUUCUCGGCUUUAAAUAUAAAACAUUCAGCCAGUAUAAAUACUGCUUAGCAUAAAUACUGUAAGCAGGGGAAACCGCUAGUCUGGCUUCAGCCAAAGUAAAAAAAUAAAAAAAAAAUAAAGCCUACCUACACCUCUGAAGCUCUCUCAUUAUGUAAUAUAUUGUUUGUUUAAUCCGUGCAAACCUGAUGUGUUAAAAACAACACCAUAGGAUUUUGUUACCUUCUGACAGAGCCAGGCUAGCUGUUCCCCUCUAGUUCUAGUUAUAGUGCUAAGCUAACCAUCUCCUGGCUGUCAGUUCAUGUGUACUAAGCAAACAUAAGAAUGGUGUUAAAGGCCUCUGCUAACUUUUGGCAAGAAAGCAAAUAACCACAUUUCCCUAAAUGUCAAACUAUUCCUUGAAGAAGCAUCUCAAACACAUUACUUCAUCCCGGCCUUUACCUUUUUUUAAAUCAGAAGUUUGAACAGUGCUAGGCCUCAACCUUUCUAACUCAUUAUAUUGCCCUCCUUGUGGAUGUUUUUGCCCACAAAGGUUGAAGCUGUUAGGUCAAAGAAAGGAACUAAGUAAGUAAUGUAUUUAACAAGUGUUCUCAAUACUGUAUGUUAUACACAGCAGGUGCUAGUUCAGCAUGAACAGACAUGGAGAAAAUUUCUCCAUGCAACUAAAAUGAAACUUCUACUUUGAUGUGCCAUGAAAAACACAAAAGCUCAUCUUGAAAAUUAAUUUUAGUGUAGUCAAAUUUCAAUUCACUUAAAGCUCCAUUAAGCGGUUUUCUUUUUACCACUAGGGGGCAGAAAGACUCCCAAACAAACUCACAUAGUUGCAUAUUUUACACAUCCAGCUGAAAGAGAGCAACAGGAAUCACAGUUCUGUCCACCUAAUUUAAAUCCAUUUAAAUCCAGCAUUCACUCUCCUUUUAGCUCGGUUUUGGUCUCUACCAACUUCUGAGGGAAGUAGCUGUCUCUUUAGCUUCUAGAUGUUCCGCUUUCUUCACCAGCUACUCGUGUAUUUCAGCUCUCUGCUGUUUGAAGCUUUUUGAUUUGAUCUGUGGUAGUUGAGGAGAGCCAAACCAAUGUGCUAAAAGUGGUGUAGGGGUACAGGUUUUUAUUCUCAGGUGGUUCAGCGCUGUUGCGUUACACAGUCAUUUGGUUCAAUUUUACUAAACAAAUCUCGCUUAAUGGAGCUUUAAAAUCAUCACGCCCACACAUAUUCAGUCUGAACAAGGUUUUAUUGUACAUUUUGUGUUUGCAGGAACAAAGCCUCAUUUUAAAAUGAAAUUAAAAUUUACUCUAUGUAGAACAUGUUUUUUCCAAAGUAUUUUCUAAAUGGCUUUUUUUAUGGUGUAAGGUUCAGAAGAGAGAAAGCUAUUUAUAAAAAAAAGAAAAAAAAGGAUAUCCUCACAACCACCAUGCAUCUGACUGCAAUAGCAAAGACACAGUUUUGUGUUUUCAGCAAAUAAAUAACUAUUCACACUCACUUCUGUGUGCCAAUGUAUAGUACAUGUAUAUAGCAUUGAGUACAUGAAUAUUUAUUGAAAGUUAAAGCUUUGUUUUUACAGUAUUUGCAGUGCCAGCUGGUCAAUAAGCUGCAGCACAUAAACCAUUGAGUCACAUUUAUCACCAUUUUUCUUCCACAUUUUCAAAUUUUAAAAAGAUUUCUACUUCGAUUUUAAAAUACAUAAUAGAGUAGGAAUUACAUUGUUUUUUGCAAACAAUUAGAUGUAAAUAUACAUGCUCAAUUUUUAGAUGUUUAGUCUUUGUCAGAAAGCUGUCUUUUCACAGCUGUUUCGUAGAAGUUAACAGAGCUGUUACAAACAGUGAAGUGUACUGACAAAUGCUUUAUUUUAACAAAUAAAACAUUAAUAGUGUAGUACCUAAAAACCAGUAAUGUUGUUUUUAUGCUGUUUGUAGAUGUCAGUAUUUUCUAACCAUUUUACAUUUUCCUCCCUUGUUCUUUUCACCCCCAUUACUUGCUGCCUUUACAACAUUGCUGCUAAUGUUAUACAGAGCUUGUAAUGAUAAAAUAGGGUAGUUGUAGAUGUUACAUUGACAAUCCCUGAGCCUCAGACAGAUAUUACUGCAUAGGAUUCUCCAUGUACUGUAUCAAUACCCCUGUGCUAUCCAUGCAUUGAAGUAUUACGAUUGUCAUGACUGUCAAGUGACUCUCUGCUCUAUUUGCUUUUCUAUGUAUUUGUGUAGAUUGAAGUGUACACUACUGAUGCUGUUUGUUGUAAUGGGGAGCACAUAGCAAUAAAAGACAUGAAUAACUA